AUGCAUGGCAACGACGGUACCUUGGCUGAAAACUGGAUUAUUGAGCGCGGCGGCUGGCAGCUGGACCGCGUCAACAAGGCGUUCGGGUACAUGCUUGAUACAACCCAAGCCGACCAAAAGGUGUCCCGUGUUCUGAGCGGUUGGAAGCCUAAGGACGGCGCACGGCUACCAACGCUAGCCGCUCUGGACACACCAAUCUUGGCCCACGCUUGCGAGUUGCAGCAGCUUCUCGUUUCCAGCACGAUGGCGUUCGCUGACGCUGACUUGAACCUCGACGACGACGUCGCUCAUGUCCUUACGGCUACCCUGUUCAUACAUUACCCCGACAUGUUAGUGCUCUGCCCAAGCAGCCCGCACAUCACGAAGAUACGUGAGCUCCUAGCAGAACGAGCCAUCGGUGAGUCUGAGCUGCUGGUGUGGAGCGUGGCAAUCAGCCUGGCAUUCGCGACGCCUCCUGCAUCAGAAGCUUCUGGAAGUGGUGGUGAGGAGCCGUCUCCUGUGUUGAUUGAUCUCAUCAAGCGCCAGUCCAAGCAGAUCGAUACAGCGUUGUACGAGAACAGGCACAUCGCAGGGUAUCUCAUGCUCUUCUUACCUGAAGGUUUCGCGCUUGACACUUCGUCGCCUGCAUACAAAAGCGAGGUCCUGGAGCUUGGUGAUCAAGCGCAGCAGAACGCACUCACCUUCUUGAAAUCACACGGCCCCUCCACGGUUGCAGCAGGUUCGGCGUUGAAGGCUCUUCGUCAGAUGCAAAAGGUUGGUAAGCUCGACACGCUCAUCGCCCAGUUCCAUGAACGCGUUGACCAAGCCCUCGGCGGCCAUCACCCGCGCGAGACCAGCCAGCUGACCGUGUCGCCGCAGCCGCACUCAUUGGUCCUGCUUAUGCUGGACUCGGCGGCCAUCACACCACCCCAGGGCCAUCACACCGCCCGAGGCCAAGCAGCAGUACACGACGCCUCCCGUAUGCUCUUUGCAAUACCGGUCUCGAGGGACAUCACCCCACCCGAGGCCGAGCACCCGUCCCCUGCCGGCCUCGAGGACCCCCAUCUGCCCGAGGCCAAGCAUCCGUCCGUGUCGCUGCCUCCCGCUGUGCUGUCCGGCUCGAAGCUGAAUGAAUGA